GAUCACAAAGUUGUGAUUUGUGUUGUUAUUCGCACGUGUGAAAACCUAUAUGCAUUAAGAUGUGUGAUAAAGCAGCUAUAGAACAGCCGAUAGAGUUGGAAUAUAAGAAAACUGGUAUAAAUCCUGAUGAAAUAGCACUUCUUAGGCGAUGGGUGAACACACAACCUCAUUUACCAUGGAGAUAUAUAUCAGAUCUCGACUUGCUACUCUGCUACUACAGCUGCUACGGUAGCACGGCCGUCACGAAGCAAGUACUUGACCUCCACUUUACGCUGAAAACACAUUUCACGAACUUCUUCAAGGACAGAGUUGUCGAUCAGAACAUCAUAAGAGCAUUGAAAACUGUAUUGAUUAUGCCUCUUGAGACGUUGUCAUAUGAUGGCUACACAGUGGUCUACCAUCGAUUAAUCGACACCGAUGCUAAGAAUUUUGUAUACCAGCACAUCACUAAGGCAGCCCUAAUGCUAAUGGACGUCAAACAGUACGAAUUGGGAACCGCCCCUGGUAUCAUACUUGUCGUGGACAUGGUUGGAGUCACUUUGAGCCACAUCGGUAAAUUGGAUCUGCUCACGUUACAGCAGUUCUUGUAUUUUUUGCAGGAAGCACUGUUAGUCAGACUUAAAGGGAUACACUUUAUGAAUGCUCCGUCCUUCGUUGACAAGCUCCUGAUGCUGAUGCGGCCAUUUUUGAAGAAGGAGCUAAUGGACAUUCUGCACAUACACCAAGUGGGGUCCAAAGGAAUCGAAAAGUAUUUCCCCCUUGAAGCCUUACCGAAAGAAUCUGGUGGACAGUAUUUGAGCAUGUCCGAAGUUGUGCAAUCAAAUAUUGAAAAACUACAAGUGAAUACGCGUUUCUUUGAGGAAGAAGCCAAGAAACGUGUGACAGAAUCGGAGAGGCCUGGAAAGCCUAAAUCUAUUAAUGACAUUUUCGGCGGAGUGGAAGGUUCCUUUAAGAAGCUGGAAAUUGAUUAAUUCGUAUUUUUGUGUACAAUUUAUUAGUGAUAUAAGCAAAAGAAGUUAUA